AUGGUUCAGUUGAGUAAAGUUCAGCACUUAAGAGCCUUGUCACUCCUACUCUUCCUAAGGGCACCAUAUGUAUCAGCUGUCAUUAUCAAUGUCAUAAUUAGCGAAGCCGAAGAGGGGGAGGUUUGGUACGAAAAUAAUGAUGAUGGCUUACGACGUAAGGAUCACGGCCAGCAAUCCAUGUUGAGAUUAUGCCGCCCACCACCAGAAGAACCAUGGCUUGGCGUAUAUGCUAUCGAUCCGACGGUCACCUCUUGUGAAGCUAAUGGAGGGAGUGCAAACUGGGUGGUCCGGGGAUCUGAUUGGGAGCGGCCGGAGUAUCUCCCCAAGCCUCCCGGAACAGUUCUUCAAAUUGAAGGCCCAGGGCCGGCGGAAAAGGCUACGGCUUAUGCUAUCUCAAAUACUCAAUCUAAGGAAGAUUACUUAUCAUUCGGGCCCUCACUCAGUAUGGCAGCAUCCGAAGCAAGCAAAUGGCUUGUUGAGAGGUAUGGAAAUAACAACAAUUAUGAAACAUUGGAUCCUGAAAAUAGGCUCAAAGUGGGAGAUACUCUUCGGUUCUGGGACCCGGAGGUACCUACCGGGUUCCAGCAGCUAUAUAUGCACCGAAGUAAGGGGAGUCCUCAGAGGUUCAAUCGGCUGAGACCGCUUCCAGAUACUGAAGGCACGACUGUGGAGGCUGCAUCCGCUAAAUUGCGAAAGGAAUACCCAGCUGCUGAAUUUAGAAUUGGCUCUUUGGGAAAUUCUGAGAUAGUUAGACCGGAUUCAACCGCUUCGACGUCUAGGACCCGAAGGUUCCUAGAAACAGUUGGGAGCGCGAAAGGUCGGAUAGGAAGGCUUUUUACCGGUGGGUUUCGAGGGCAGCCUAACGUAGGUCGAAUUGGUUCAGAGGAGAAGAUUCCUACAAGGAAGGAAGAUCCAAGAGUACGCUCUGAAGAAAUAGAGAUCGAACCCGGUGAUGUUUUUGGGAACCCCGACCUGUUGGACUCAAUGAGCCCGGACGAAUACCUUCGAAAGCAGCAGCAGCAGCAAAGAGCUGUGGAUCUGCCAAAUAUACCAUCCCUGGCUGAACUAGCCCUUAGGAAAUCUAUGAAGGAAAUCUCGCCUGUCCAAGAGGUUAUCGCACAGUUUGAAGAGUCUAAAUCGGAUAACGACAACGACGUUAGACGGCCUAUUGAAAUGGAGAGGUCCUCAAAGUCAAGUCAUAGUGCGAAUUCAAAAACGAAUGAAAUUGGGAGAGGCAGGAUCCCGACAGUGGCCAACAUAAUCAAAGAGCCCAGUGAAGGGACAUUAUACCAGACUGCUGUUGGUGACACAUUCGACUUUGACGAGGAGGACCGACUAGGCGAUAUUAUAAAUGGCAAUGGGAAUUUGAUGAAGACGGUCAACCAGCUGGUAUCGAAUGAUCAGGCGGGCACUGGGGUUAUUAAUCUAGAGCAGCUUCCACCAAGUGAUCAAUCGAACACUUGA